AUGAAGAAGUCGUUAAACUAUUAGCAGUUGAUUCAAUCAGAAUCGCCACAAACUGGGGGUAUCUAGAUCCUCAUGAAAAGCUAUCAGACGAUUGACAUGUUAAACAGGAAGACUGGAGUUGUGCAAACUGGAUAAAUAAAAAAUGAAAAGUAUAUAAAAAUAUUGGAUGAUAACAGUUUUUAGAGAAAGACAGAUAAUCAGAUGAUAGUACCAAUCACAGUUACCAAAUAUAUGAAUGAUACCAUUGAAAAUCAAGUGGAAGGAAAAAAUCCAACAGUUAUUCGAUGCAUAUAUAAUAAGGAUAAAGUCCAAAAAUAGCUUUUCAGAAUAUCCUCCUAAUUUAGAAUGGAUGGCAAAUCUGAAAACCACUAGAAGUAUGAUUUCAGUAUGAUAACAGACAUGAAAUUGGUAUCUAUUAUAAAAGAAGUAUAGCAAAGAUAGAAAGAAAAAUAGAUAGAAUCAAUGAAUGAUUUGGCAUACAGAGUGACUUUAGAAAAAUUCACUAAUACUUCAACAACUCUGUAAUCAAAUGAAGGUGGCAUCAUGAAUCCGAGAAAUCUUUUAUAUUCUUUGACAUCAAAAACCGCUUAUGAUAGCUUUGGUAAUUAUAACAGUAUCUAACCAUCAAAUGAGAUAUUCUUUGCUCAGAUGAGAUUUCAAGAAGAGAUAGAUAAGGUAUUUCAAACAAAUAUUCAAUUUUGUACAACUGACUCUAGACUUGAUGAAAUGAACAUUAUAGAACUUAAAUCUACAAACUAUCAAUCUAUCAUCGAAUAAAUGAACACUUUAGUCGAUUUACUUAACCGCAUUCUAAAAACAAAUAGGGGUUUCCAAAUUUAAGAAUUUGUUGUUGACUUUGCUUAAGAUUACAAAGAUGAACUUUACUACUUCUUACAAAUUAAAUACAUAAAUUGUGUUCCAUAUAUCAGCGCUCUAAGCCCAUCAAAAUAGAUUAGUAGUAAUUAGCAGUAAGGGUUUAAAGUUCAGCAAUUUGAAUUGAAUAAAGUCAAAGAGAAUCAAUCACCUAUUAAGCACAAUAAAAUACACUAUAAUAAGAAUGGUAAAGACCCUUAUGAGUGUUAUGGAGAUUAUUGUGACCUUGAAAAUCUAGGUCAUAUAGCCUUACCAAGAGUACAUCAGGAAAUAAUAUUUGAGAUAUUGAAAGAAAGAACUAAUUAAAAGAAUGUUAAAAUGCAGAGUAAUCAUUUCUUUGAGAAUCUAUCGAAAGCGAAUGCCAAUGAGAUAAAUCUUUAAUCUCUGCCAAUUGAUGAUGCCUACAGCUACUACAUAAUACAGAAAACUAUCAUUAAGGACAGACAAACAAUUAAAAUUGGAAAUGUUACCAGAAAUUAGCUUACAACUUUAUACUCAAGAGUUAGGGUUUGUACUAGCUGUUAUUGUGUAUAUAAGGCUCUUGAGAAAUACUAUUUCAAGAAUCUCUACAGAUAAUAGAAGCAAAGACUUAAGAUUUAGAAGAUGAAAUAAGUUAGAAAUGUUGAAUUCCUUAAAUUUGAUUCUGAUGAAUCAAGUGAUCUUGACACUAUGAGAAGACUUAAUAAUAAUAAUACAAAAGAAAGCAAAGCCAAAGAUAACGAUAUGAGAGAUAAAAUUGAUCAAGCAGUCUUGAAAAUGUUUCAAAUAAUGUCUAAGUAAAACUCAAAUACUGUCUCUAAUUAGAUCAGCCCAAAGCAUCAUCGAAGGCAAAGUUCAUAUGAUAAUUCUUAAAAAAUGAGUCAGAGAACUGUUUAAAUAUAAGCUUAAAUUCAAGAUACUGAAAGGUUUACAACAACGAAUAGUAAGCCAAGCCCUUAAAAAAGUAAAGUUGGACUUCCACCUUUAGCAAAGCAAUUAAAUGCGAGAAAAGAUUCGAAUUUAGAUGAAAUCAGAGAAAUGGAUAAUACCCACAGGAUUUAACUUCAAAUUUAAAGAUAAAAAUAGAAAAUCUAGAGAAAAGAACAGCGUAAUAUGAGCAAUCUUCUUUAAGAAUUAAGGAUCAGACCAAGAAGUGUUCAAGAGGGAGUUAACUAUCAGCAAGAUUAAUUGCCAUAAUCAACUACUCAUUCAACAACACUUUACCAAAAUAAGUUCAUUUCACCUCAAAUAUACAAGACGGCUGAUUCCUCUUAAAAUGAUCCUUUUGAUUAGUAUAAUACUUAGGAAAUAAGAAACCAGUACAUCUAUCCAUAGCUUGACUAAAUUGGUCGUAACUCACUUGAUAAUAUAUAGUUUGAGGAUACCUAAUCUACUUUACAAAUUUAAAAGAAACCUUAGCCAUUAUCAAACAGUGAACUAGGUAAAAUGAUUAAAACUUCAUACAUCUUUAACCCCAAGUAACUAGAUAGACAAUCAUUUGAAUAGUGUCUUUCCCACAUAUAUGUUCAUUAAUAUGAUGAUAUGUAGAUUAUAAAAAAACGCAGAUAAAUGAGAGAAUUUCAGAUGUCAAAUAAAAAGAGACUUUGA